AUGGAGGGCAUGCCUCGUGUCCCUAUGCUGCUUCCUGAGCCAAAGAUCCCAGCAAAUCAGUACGAUGAUGAGUUCCGAUUGAAAAUUAAGGAGUAUAUUCUUCUGCAUUUCCAAGAUGAUCCCAGUAAAUAUGAUAACGCUAUAUCAGAAAUAAUGAAUUUGAAGCAGAAGAUAAGCAGUUCUUACGCCGAUGUGGAGACUGCUUGUUUGCUAAAACGAUACUAUGCCCAGCUAUUAAUGAUGAAGAACCGAUUUCCUAUGGAGGAAGGUGAUCCAAUAAAAGUUCUAUUCUGCUGGUACGACAGAGCUAUGGAUAUCGCUCAUUCUGCCACCUACGAUGACAUCGGUUUCGAAUUAGCCUGCGUAAUGUACAAUAUUGGCGCAGUUCAUGCUAGCAUAGCCGUAAACGAAGGAAGGGAGAACGAGGACAGUAUUAAAAAUGCUUUUAUGCAUUACCAAUACGCUGCAUGGCCCCUCCAACAUCUUCGUGAUAAAUUGAACGCCUCAAAGUAUGCUUCCGUAGAUUUCGACAAGGAGCUACUAACCUUUUUCGUCAACGUGCUACUGGGCCAAGCUCAAGAGUGCUUACUCGAAAAAAGUCUCAUUGACCAUCGUAGCAAUCUAGUGGUCGCAAAACUGGCGAUUCACUUGCGAGACAGAUAUCAGGAAUGCUUUCGACAUCUCGAAAACUCGAACCUUUGCGAUUACGUCUCAUCACAAAAAUAUAAGAACUGGAUUCUUUUGUCAUUGGCUAAAACUACUUUAUUACUCCUAGCUUGGCUGAAGAAUGUUCGGAAUAUAAUGUCCAAUAAUGUGGAAUUACAUAAAGCAUUAGCGGCACACUCCACGAAUCUCCAUUUGCUCAGUCUUCCAAUAACUGAAUUGACAUCUAAGCUUGCUGGACCGGCCAUAAAUGCUGGCUCGACGAAGGAGGGUGCUGCUUUGCGACGCGUGCUCGAUAAAACUCGUGAAAUGCAAACUCAGCGGGUACAGCUGUUACAGAGGUUCACGGAGGAGAUGAAUAAUGACAAUAUUGCGAAAAAGCUAUUGUCUGAAAGAGACACAGACCACAAGGAAAUGUUCUCGACGGAGUUGAAAAAACACGAUGAAACACUGAAAUAUCUUGACGCAAAUUUGAAUGCUCAGGAAAAAAUCCUAUCUGCUCUCACUGAGGCCAAUGCGGAUUUUUCCGACUACAGGAAGAAGAUCAAGGCGUCGUUAAAUACUUUCUAUUUGAAGCUGCUAGAUCGCCUCAGUAAGCUUACACUUGCAGUUGAAGGUAUUGAGACGGCUUUUGGAGCUGAACGUCAAAGACGUGAAGCCGAAAAGCGAUCAUUGGAGGAGAAGAUGGCCGCGCUCAAAAGGGCUAGUGAAGCUCGUGAGGCACUGGCUGACUUUUCUAUUGGUGGCGUUUCAGGAUCUAGACCUCAGCCUGCGGCCGCUGUGCCAGCCGGUCGUCCUCGCUUCGGUGACUACAAAGAGUUUUACCUCAGUAAAAUGGCAGCAUCGUCGGCCGCAUCAGCUGGGUUCCCAGCACCCCAACCCAUGGUCUACCAACCACCUCAACCAAGUCCCGCAUCAGUGGGCGGGUACCCGGGUGCACCCACCCAUCACACACAUAAUUAUCCUCCUGAUCACUACACUUGUGGACCACCUUCUCCUGCUCCAAGUAGCAUACCUGAUUCUCCUGCGUAUUUUCCCCAUCAUCGUCACGAUGAAGGCAGACGCUCAUCCCCAGCGCCUCAUCAUUUGCAGUACUCACAUGUACCUCCAAUGCCUCCAAUGUCUUAUGCUGCGCAAGCCGCUGCCCAGAAUCCUGCUCUGAGUCUACCUCAGCACCUGCAGCCUGCAGUCCAGUCUCUUCCAAGCAGUGUGCACCAAGCGCCACUUAUGACGGCACAGGGGCGUUAUACACCCACAAACCAGAUGCAGUCACUGGGUAACCAUACACAAAUGUCUUCGUCAACACAACACCAAGCGCCAGUUCCUCCACCUAUUUAUGCGCCACAGCACUACCAGUCAAAUCAAGGGAUGCAGAACAUGUCAACUCCUGCGAUAGCCACACCUAUAGCUUCAGUAAGCGUUGCUGCAGGUGCUGCGCAAUGGAACCAAGUGCAGCAGCCAGGAUCUGCUCCUCCGGUGCCACAGCCUAAUCUGCAACAUUUGCCCAUGCAGUCUGUGCAACCAACUCAACAACACAUAAUCUACUCAUCUACGGGAAUGCAGCAACCGCACAUGUCCCCUGCACCACAUCCGGCGACAUUCUCUGCUGCAGCACAGCAGACUGCAUCGAAUUACAUGCAACAGCCUGUCUACCAUGCCGCACAGCAACCCGGCUCUGUGGAGAAUCCUAUAGUCUCUUCUGGAAGUGGAAUUAAUGUGCAGAAUCAGCCAGGUCCACUGCCCCAAAACGGCCACGGUCCGCCUCACGCAGGGAGUCAGCACUACGCACAACAAUACAGUCAACCACAUGCUCCAUCCUCUGUUUUACCACCGCAUGGCGGCCUAGUUUGUUCCACUUCGAAUACAAGUGGACCCUAUACACAUACACUCUCUAAUGGACAGAUGAGCCAUAAUAGUGCUCCACCCCAACAAAAUGUGGGUGGUCCAGAGAAUCCAGCAAAAAACGGAAUUGGAAUGCCAUCAACGCAAGGAUUUCAGACGACGGCACCUGGUCAACAGAUUCAACAACAAGGGCCAUCUCCGUCGCCUCAAGCGCCCCAGUUGGGUCAGCCCCCUGUUCAAUUUGCUCCUUUGCCGUCGGUGGGAGCCUCGCCGUGGCAUGUUGGUGUGUCAUCAAAUGUGGCGCCGUCUCCAUGGCAUGCGGGUGCUCCAGCUGUGGCUAUGGUUCCCAACACAUCACCCAUUCCACCUGUACAGCAGUUUCAGCCCAAUCAAAUGGUAUACUUCUUGUAUUAUCUACCCGACAAGCGUAUUCCAAUGAUUUUUACGUAUUUGUAUGAAAUGAAAUAUGUACAAAAUUCGCCACAAACGUACCAAUCAACUCAAAAAGCUGUUUCUAACGUGGAUCUCUUGGAUGGGAUCAUAGACAACGCGAACUUGCCUCCAGCCAUGAUACCGCAGCCAAAAGAGUAUGGAAAAUCAAGGUAUUUAUUGCGAUCAUCCGCGCCUUCAUCGUCAGUGUCAGCUGAGUCAAUAACGCUGUCGGCCAUUCAUCGUUUACCCGACACUCCGGUUUCACUGAAAACCCAACCCAGUAUUGGCAACUGCUGCCACGCCUGUCCAAUCCAACCAAUGGCAAGAAAUCCCUACAUCACAGCCAUCACAGAUUUAUUGCGAUCAUCCGCGCCUUCAUCGUCAGUGUCAGCUGAGUCAAUAACGCUGUCGGCCAUUCAUCGUUUACCCGACACUCCGGUUUCACUGAAAACCCAGUCUGUCAAUUCAGACCCAGUAUUGGCAACUGCUGCCACGCCUGUCCAAUCCAACCAAUGGCAAGAAAUCCCUACAUCACAGCCAUCACAGGCGACUGCUCAAAUGCCUCGCCCUGCGGCGGCCGUCAUGCCAAUUCAACAUCAAGUUUUCACUGCACCAUCAGUUGAGCGACCUAUUGAAACUCCUGUAACUACCGCAUCAUCAGUUCCUCAACAAACUCCGCGCGUACUACCGUUAACAGAUAUCCUGGAUCCGACAAAAUUCGAACUGGGUCCUGGAGAUAAAGCACGCUUGGAAAAACGCCAACUCCAUGAGCAUAUCCGUAGUGGCGGUGACGUCCCACUCCCUCAACUAGAUCCCAAUGAUCCACUGAAUUCACUCGACCCGUUUUGGAAGGCCAAAACUCCGCGCGUACUACCGUUAACAGAUAUCCUGGAUCCGACAAAAUUCGAACUGGGUCCUGGAGAUAAAGCACGCUUGGAAAAACGCCAACUCCAUGAGCAUAUCCGUAGUGGCGGUGACGUCCCACUCCCUCAACUAGAUCCCAAUGAUCCACUGAAUUCACUCGACCCGUUUUGGAAGGCCAAAUAA